AUGACUUCAUUAGAUAAAUCAUUCGUAGAAAACAGUGCUUGGAAAGCAGAUCUUUUCAAAGGAAAAGUGAUAUUCGUCACUGGAGGAGCUGGUACAAUUUGUCGUGUACAAACCGAAGCUAUGGUAUUAUUAGGUGCUAAUGCUGCUAUUAUAGGUAGAAACCCAGAUAAGACAACCAAAGCUGCUAAGGAGAUCGAGCAAUUGAGACCAGGGUCCAAGGUUUUAGGCAUCGGUAAUGUUGAUGUUAGAGAUAUCAACAGUAUCGUAGGUGCAGUCGAGAAGACCGUCAAUGAAUUGGGUAGAAUUGAUUUUGUCAUUGCCGGAGCAGCAGGGAAUUUCAUUGCAGAUUUCAACCAUUUGUCAUCCAAUGCGUUCAAGUCAGUUAUAUCUAUUGACUUAUUGGGAUCGUUUAAUACUGCCAAGGCCUGUUUUGAUCAGUUAAGAAAAAACAAGGGGUCAAUCAUCUUCGUCAGUGCCACUUUACAUUACUACGGUGUGCCUUUCCAAUCGCAUGUGGGAGCAGCUAAGGCGGGGGUUGAUGCUUUGUCCAAUGCGUUGGCUGUUGAACUAGGCCCACUUGGUAUUCGUUCUAACUGUAUUGCCCCAGGUCUUAUCGAUGGUACCGAAGGUUUCGCUAGAUUAGCUCCCCCAGGUGGUGCUCCUUUAGAGGACAAAAUUCCGUUACAAAGAUUAGGAACUGCUAGAGAUAUUGCAGAAUCAACGGUAUACUUGUUCUCUCCUGCGGCAAGUUAUGUAACAGGAACUAUACAAGUCGUAGAUGGUGCGGCAUGGCAUAUUGGUCUGUACAUGGGUGAUUUAUACCCAAGUGUUGUCAAGCAACAAAAUGGUGAUCCAAACUCAAAGUUGUGA